AUGCCCUCGUACAAGCCGGAGUGGGAAGAUCGGGAGGCGAGAGAGCCUGACGAGAGCGCGUGGGAAGCAGAAGUACCUGGGCGUUCGGAGGCUGCGGACCUCUCCCGAAAUUUCUCUCGCUCAUCGGGUUCACAUCGAUUGCGUCUGUUGCGUAUGGAGCAGUUGCUUCUUCUCUUCGCCCUUUCCCUCGUCCUGGCAGCUUCUGCUUCUCACAACGAGACCGUGGCGGAGGAGGAGGGGGAACCCGAGAUGGAGAAACGGGAGAACGCCUGCCCGAUGCCGUCGCGUCCGGUGACAUCCAGUCACUGCCAGGUCCCUGCCUGCACGAACGACACCGACUGCCUCGCCCUCGGGAAGGUGUGCUGCCACAACGGGUGCAGGCGCACAUGCAUGACCCCCUUGAGUCCACCGGCUGCUUUUGAUUGGGUGGAGGAGAGCCCCGACGCACGGAAUAUGGGAUCCUAUGUUUUCCUCGGCGAGGCAGACACGAGACGAGGAGUAGAAAGCUGGCGAUGGGACGACUUCGAGCAGACCCAAGUCGAUGCGCCGCUUCGAGGCGUCGCAGAAGGGAUGCAACAAGACGCGCCAUCUCAAGGAGCCUCGGAGUGGAUGCAGGAUGCAGGCUGUCCCCCCCUGCCCCCCGACAAGUACCAGACCGUCCAGGAGUUCAAACACCAUCGCAACAUCAAAUCGUGGUGUGCAUCACGUUCUGUCCGCACCUCGGCAUCAACAAUAUCAAACCUCAAAUCAAACGAGGCGAAGAUGGACGGGAACCCGUCCUACAUGUACGGCCGGAUGCAGACUGCGUUUGUUCUUGUUGGAUAG